AUGUUUUGUAUACACUAAAUAUUGUUUCAUUAUACCUCAAGGUCUAAUUCAAUAAGAAAUUAGUAAAUUGUAUUGAUGGUAACUCACUGUUGCUCCAACUGUUUGCAUCACGGAGGAAGGACGCCUGGCAGCACUGAAAAACACUGAGCGGAUAUCCCAACAGAUAAGCUGUUUCAGGAAUUCUAAACUAAUUAAUAAACAGACUACGUUGAAUAUCUAUCUUUGUCAUGCCACCGCCCUCUGUAUAGGCUUGUGAGGAACCGAGUGGCGGUGUAGCAGUGUUGCAGCAAGUACCAUCAGUCGAGAGGGCGUGAACAUACUGUAACAUCGGGGGGUUCUUUCACCCACUACACGAGUCCCCCCGCAACACUACCAUGGCCGACACCGCCCCCCUCACACUCUGGGUUCUCGUCAACAAACACGAAGCAACAAGUGAUAUUAAAUACAAGAGAGAGACUGAGGAGCAUAAUAAGAGCAACACGCAGCUGGUAUCAGUGCCUAUGUGGCCCCAGUGGACGGCCAGGGAGGUUCAAGUGGCUCUCCUCAAGACCCUUGGUCUGGGCCACACUAUACCCUCUUCCACCAGCAGCAUUGGGGUGCGGAACGCCCACGGUGCCCUCCUGCCCCUCACUCCCACCACCCUCAAGUCCACGCCCGUCCGGCCUCUCCUGGUAGAGAUACACACCGCCCACCACAAAGGGACUGAAAAAGAGGAACGAGAGACGACGCCACUGUUGCCUCCCUCCUUCAGGAAAACUGUGCAGGACAUCAUAGCCAGUCUUGAGACCCGACUGUCUAGGGUGGAGGAGGGCUUGGGGAGCCUUAAGGGUCGACGAGCUGCCCUGGUCGAGUCUGAACUUCGACAGAUCCAAGACACACUCAACUUCAUGUCUCGAAGACUUGACCUGACCCGUACCCCCGCCUGGGUCACCGGAGGUCAAACUUGAAGCCUCCAUGUUAGCUGUAACCCUACCUGUGUCAUGAGAGGUCACACUUGAAGCUUCCAUGUUACCUGUAACUCUACCUGUAUCAUGAGAGGUCACACAUGAAGCCUCCUAGGUCAUCCUCUUCCAUGUUUAGUUCACGGGAGGUCAAACUCGAAACUUUCAGUUCAGGUUCCGUUUCAAGUACAUUAAGCUUACAACACAACAAACUUCCAGUGUUUUCAGCUUAAAACACAACAAUCUUCCAGUGUUUUCAGCUUACAACACAACAAUCUUCCAGUGUUUUAAGCUUAUAACACAACAAACUUCCAGUGUUUUAAGCUUACAACACAGCAAACUUCCAGUGUUUUAAGCUUACAACACAACAAACUUCCAGUGUUUUAAGCUUACAACACAACAAACUUCCAGUGUUUUAAGCUUACAGCACAAUCUUCCAGUGCUUUAAGCUUACAGUACAACAAUCUUCCAGUGCUUUAAGCUUGCAGUACAACUAUCUUCCAGUGCUUUAAGCUUACAGCACAACACGCUUCCAGUGCUUUAAGCUUACAGCACAACAAUCUUCCAGUGCUUUAAGCUUACAGCACAACAAUCUUCCAGUGCUUUAAGCUUACAGCACAACAAUCUUCCAGUGCAUUAAGCUUACAACACAACAAUCUUCCAAUGGUGCCAAAUUAAAAAAAAUCAUAAAAUAAAAGUAAAAAAUAAUAAAUAUUUAAAAAUAUUACAUAAUUUAUAUAAUUAUUAUACUUGUUACGUCAAGUAUCAAAAUAUCGUUUUAAAUUAUUACAUUAUGAAUCUCGUUACAAUAAGUUGCCGAGUUAUAGAACACAAGUUGCACAUUGUUUUGUGGUAUUAUGAAGUCAUGUUGUAUAAUAAAGAAAGACCUAUUGAUUAUACAGCUUAAAUUAUACAACUUCCAUUAUACAUUAUGUCCUCAUAUUUUCAUUUUGUAUUAAUAUAAUCAUCUGCUAUAAUUGUUACUUGUAUACAUCUGCUAUAAAUGUUACUUGAGUGUAUACAUCUGCUAUAACUGUGCUACUUGAGUGUAUACAUCUGCUAUAACCGUUACUUGAGUGUAUACAUCUGCUAUAACUGUUACUUGAGUGUAUACGUCUGCUAUAACUGUGCUACUUGAGUGUAUUCAUCUUCUAUAACUGUUACUUGAGUGUAUAUAUCUGCUAUAACUGUGCUACUGGAGUGUAUACAUCUGCUAUAACUUACUUGAGUGUAUACAUCUGUUAGAAAUGUUACUUGAGUGUAUACAUCUGCUGUAACUGUUACUUGAGUGUAUACAUCUGUUAUAAAUGUUACUUGAGUGUAUACAUCCGCUAUAGCUGUUACUUGAGUGUAUACAUCUGUUAUAAAUGUUACUUGAGUGUAUACAUCUGUUAUAAAUGUUACUUGAGUGUAUACAUCUGUUAUAAAUGUUACUUGAGUGUAUACAUCUGCUGUAGCUGUCACUUGAGUGUAUA